AUGUUGUCGCUGAACUGCACGGCAAUGGAACUUACGACGGAAGCACUGAAUGUGGUUCGAGAGAGUCCACCGCAAUUUCUCUAUUGCUCCGCCGAGACGGUGUUAGAAAAGGCGUUCCUUGCCGCUUUAAAAAAAGACAGUGCUCUACAUCGAGCCGUGUCGGCGAUUGUGGUCGACGAAGCACACACAGUUGAAGCUUGGACAGGAAAAAGGUGAGAUUCUUUCAAUUCGUCGUAGUUUACGUCCGUCCUUGUGGGUCUCAUGUUUACAAUAUAGUUCGUGGUCUCUCAUAAGCUUAUAUUUUGUCAAUCCUUUCAUUAUUUGGCUAGCAAAAAGCAAAGCAAAGGUGCGAAACCUGUUCAAGUGUUCCGUGGAGCGUAUGGAAAGUUAGCUAUUCUUCGGUCAAUGUUCAAAGACGGUAAGAAAAUAAUUUAAGUUACAUGGUGUCGUUCGCAUCUUUAACACUACAUCAAACAAUCCGAAACAAUACAGCAGAUAUGCAAGAAAACUAUUAUGAAAUCCUACACAACUUAUCAUUAUGUUAGCCGGUAUUUUAUGAACCUACUUAAUUUUACGAAUGUCAGACAGUUUGCCCCCCAGACAAUUCGCCCCCGACAACUAGCCCCCAGUAUACAGACAAUUAGCCCCCACUAUCUAGACGAUUAGCCCCCAAUGUGUAAACGAACUUCAAUUACCCGAUUUAAAAUAUCUUCGAAUCUUAAACUUUAAGAAGACUGUAAUCCUAACAACAAACCCCUGAAUAAUUUCUACAACUCUUACUGUUUUCGUUGAAAUAUAUGCCCUGCCUUUCUGUUUUGAAGGAAGUUCCAAAGCACGUGCUGAAGAACCAUAACAUGGUUGCUAAGCGUAGUUAUGACGUAAACGGCAUACCUUUACAAUCAUGUUUAUUGCUAAGCAAUUACAGCCGGGGACGUGUGGGUUGUCCGAGUGACUCCCGCCCCUUGAGAAACAAAUUCUUAACUAAAGCUAAAGCGAAUUAUAGGCGGGGACGUGUGGGUUGUCCGAGUGACUCCCGCCCCUUGAGAAACAAAUUCUUAACUAAACCUAAAGCGAAUUACAGGCGGGGACUUGUUGGUUGUCCGAGUGACUCCCGCCCCUUGAAAAGCAAAUUCUUAUCUUAACUAAAGCUAAAGAGAAUUAAGUAAGUUCGCGAUUGGAAUAUACUUAAACAAAGUCUAAAGUCAAACUUAAGCUAAAAUUCUAAAUAAGUGUGCGAUUCGAAACUACUUCAACAAAGUCUAAUGUUAAACUUAAGCUAAAUUAGGUUGCGGUUUGAGCAAAUUCAAAUUCUUUUAUUAACUAAAGCUAAUUGAGAUCGCGAUUAGAAUCUAUCAGAAAUCUACUGCUAAAAAUUCUAAUGUCAAACUUGAAAAACAAAUUCUUAUAUUAACUUAAGUGAAAUAAGUUCGCGAUUGGAAUAUACUUAAACAAAGUCUAAUAUCAAACUUAAGAUAAAUAAGUUUGCGAUUCGAAUCUACUUUAACAAAGUCUAAUGUUAAACUUAAGGUAAAUUAGGUUGCAAUUCGAACCCUUGAAAUACAAAUUCUUAUAAUCUUAAACUUACGGAUACGACUUACAGCGGAUUAACUAAAUGAGAGCAUGCCCCUAGCAGCUGUUCUGACCGUCUUCAUAGGCUUUCCAUAGGCUGAAGAGUGUCUUCUGAUACUUUCGAUAAGUCUUGCGCUGAUGUCUUCUCAGUCUUCUGUCGGACACGAGCCUGAUUUGAAGGGAGACAAGUGCUGCUUCCUUGUGCAGGAGCUGAAUCAGUAAGUAGACCCUCGAUCGGUCGUAUUUUUAGUUUCUGGUAUUCGAUGUUUAAAGCUUGGCCUUGUUUAAUGGUAUUCAUUCACAUACAUUGCGGCCAAAACAGAAAAGAAUAAUACAGUGUAUCAUAUAAAUGAAAACCUGCUGCAUUUAAGGGCUUUAGAAGGGUAAUGAUUUAAGUGUAAGAAAGUUGUAGACUUAUUCGUGCUAUCAUUUCAUGUACAACAACCAAUUGCUAAUUUAAAUGAUGAAAUUGCAACAUGCAGAAAACCUACUUGAAAAUUUGACCAGUCUCACAUGUACCCUGUAAACCUUAAGCUUCUGGAACUCGCCACAAGACUUCAGUCCUUUGUCCUGUAGUUAGUAUUGUAAUAUAUUAAUUAUUAUUCUGUUUUAUUGUAGGAAUUCCCUUGUUGGCUCUCACUGGGACUGCAGACAAGGAAACUGAGAAGACGGUUAUCAAAGAGCUUGCCAUGAAGGAUCCUGUCAAGUUGUUUGUCAGCCCAAACAGAUGCAAUCUGCAACUAUCUAUCAACAAAGUUGGAAGAAUUGAUAUGUUAAAGCAACUUGAUUGGAUUGUUGAAAUGAUAAAGACAAAUGGCAAGGAAACUCCAAAAAUCAUUGUGUUCUGUGACACCAUGUACUCCAUUGCAAGUGUUUUCAACUACCUGAUGAUGUCACUUGGAGAUUAA